AUGGAAAAGCUGAUGGGAGACUCCAAGAAAUCUACACCACUAGAUCAUACAAAAACGGUGAUCAACUUGUUGAGCAAGACUCUCAGCGAUAACGAAAAAUACCUUCUCAACAAGGGUCUAAAGUUCUUCAUAGCAACUAAAAGUGUUUCAAUAACUGAGGUUAUGUUGGCGGCGGUGGAAACUGCGCAGAAAAAAAUAUGGCAAGUGUUUAGCGACGCCCUCAUAAAAUCCGCUGAAAAAAUAUGUGGAACAAGAAAAAUUAUGAGGAAAAGAAAACUAACGAACUGGUGGUCCGAAAGUAUCAAGACGGAAAUACAGAACGAGAAAAAACUAUGCAAAACUUAUUUGAAGGCGAUAAAUUUGAAAGCAUUUGAAGAUUACAAAAGACAGAGGAUAAAAGUAAAAGAGUUGAUACAAGAGGGAAAAAUAAAGAGUUGGCAGGAAUUCGAUGAGGAAAAGGUACUACAAAGAUCGAAGGAAUACUUCGAGGAAUUACUGGGAAAACAAGAUGAUACAGACAAUAUAUCGGAGGAUAAUGAAAGUGAGCUGGGGAUCCAAGAAGAGCAAGAACCUACGAUAACCAAGGAAGAGUUGAUUCAGGCACUUUAUAAAAUGAAACUAGGUGAAUCUCCAAGAAAAGAUAGAAUAAGCGCAGAAAUGCUGGAAAAACUGCUCGAAAUGGCUAGGAAAAUGAGAAUGAACACAGACACCAGAAGGGAUAUAUUCUAUAUUAUUGUGUCGGCAGAUGAUUAUGAGGAUGCUUUUGAGAAAUUGAUGCAUUUGGGUUUGACUAAGAAUCAAGAAAGAGAAUUUAUUCAUGUUAUUUUGCACUGUUGCGUGAGGGAAAAUCCUUACAAUCCUUAUUACGCUUACUUGGCACAGAUGUUCUGCAAGCAUGAUAGAAAGCAUAUGCUAACUCUGAAAUUCUCGAUUUGGGAUAAAUUGAAGGCAAAUGAAAAACAGAAACCAACUUGUAUGUCUUCACUGGCAGGACUUAUGACACAUCGGUUCUUAAAUAAAGGACUACCCAUCUCAACCUUGAAGGUGAUCGAAUUUACACAAAUAGAUAAUACAACAACAAGGUUCUUGAGGCAAAUUUUCUUGGGUAUCUUGAACCAUAAUAACACCGAAGCCUGCCUUGGUGUUUUCAAGAAUGUGGCACAGUCUGAUAAACUUAAAAUGUUCAGAGAAAGCUUAAGGCUUUUCCUUCAAAUUUUUGUACGUAAAAAUUUCAACAUUUCUCUUUGUUUCUCAUCAAUUUGUUCCUAUUUCAAAUUUUUGUACGUAAAAAUUUGA